GCGCGGCUGCCCGGGGAACCCAGAUUGCUCCGGACGCUUCCCGCCCCGCAGAGCCGGCUCCACAGGAACCAGCAUGGAUAAAUAUGAUGUGAUUAAGGCCAUUGGGGAAGGUGCCUUCGGGAAAGCAUUCUUGGCUAAAUGGAAAUCUGAUAGCAAGCACUGUGUUAUAAAAGAGAUCGAUUUUGCAAAGAUGCCCAUCCAAGAAAAGGAAGCUUCAAAGAAAGAAGUAAUUCUUCUGGCAAAGAUGAAGCAUCCCAACAUUGUAACCUUCUUCAGUUCGUUUCAAGAGAACAACAGGCUGUUUAUUGUGAUGGAGUAUUGUGACGGAGGGGAUCUCAUGAGAAGGAUCCAUAGACAACGGGGAGUGUUAUUUAGUGAAGAUCAGAUUCUGAGUUGGUUUGUACAGAUUUCUCUGGGACUAAAAUAUAUUCAUGACAGGAAGAUCUUACACAGAGACGUAAAAGCACAGAACAUUUUCCUCAGCAAGAAUGGAAUGGUUGCAAAGCUCGGGGACUUUGGUAUAGCCAGAGUUCUGAACAAUUCCAUGGAACUUGCUAGAACUUGUGUUGGAACACCAUACUACCUGUCCCCAGAGAUCUGUCAGAAUAAACCCUACAACAAUAAAACGGAUAUUUGGUCUCUUGGCUGUGUCUUAUAUGAGCUUUGCACACUCAAGCAUCCUUUUGAGGGGAACAACUUACACCAGCUGGUUCUGAAGAUUUGUCAAGCGCAUUUUGCCCCGAUAUCCCCGAGGUUCUCCCGUGACCUGCAGGCCUUGAUAUCUCAGCUCUUUGAAGUAUCUCCCCGAGAUAGGCCAUCUAUUAAUUCCAUUUUGAAAAGGCCCUUUUUAGAGAAUCUUAUUGCCAAAUACUUGACUCCUGAGGUCAUUCAGGAGGACUUCAGUCACAGCCUCACACAUAAAGCAAGAUCGCUGGCCUCUCAACCUAUAGGGAAGGGGGUCCAAGAUUCUACGAUACAGAAAGUGAGAUUCCAGGGAAAGUGCCUACCGAGAUCAAGGAUGUUGGAGCCAACUAAAAGGAAGGAGAUGAUAAAUAGAAAUGAAUGGAGACCACCUGCUGGAGCUCAGAAGCCUAUAAAAAUGGUAGAGAGACCCAAACUUGCUGCAAUGCGUGGACAUUAUGACUAUUAUUAUGCCCAACUUGACAUGUUGAGAAAGAGAGCACACAAACCACGUUACCACUGUGUUCCUCAAAAAGAUUCUGGAAUUGAGGAGAAUUAUAAUCAGGAAGAAAGCCAUGGUCCAUCACCAAGUCAAUGGCCUGCUGAAUACCUUCAGAGGAAAUAUGAAGCUCAACAAUAUAAGUUGAAAGUGGAAAAGCAGUUGGGGCUUCGUCCAUCUUCUGCUGAGCCAAAUCACAACCAGAGACAAGAGCUGAGAAGCAACAGAGAAGAGCCUCGAUUCCAGGAGCUGCCGAUCAGGAGAAAUGAAAUGAAGGAACAGGAAUAUCGGAAGCAGUUAGAGGAAAUACGCCAACAGUACCACAACGAUAUGAAGGAAAUUAGAAAGAAGAUGGGGAGUGAACUGGAGGAGUACUCAAAAAUAAGUCACAAAACCUAUUUAGUGAAGAAAAGCAACCUGCCCAUCCACCAGGAGGCGCCCGAGGAAGAAGGUCCUGUGCAGGACAUUGAAAGAGACUUGAAACAAAUCAGAGUUCAGAACAUGAAGGAAAGUAAAAUUCUAGAACAAAACUGUAAAGCUAAGAGAGGAGUGAAGUUUGAAAUUAGUUUAAACCAAUGUAUUUCUGAUGAAAACACCCUCCAAGAGGAAGAGGCAAUGGGUGUGCAAAAUGAAACUUUGACCUUUGAGGAUGGCAUGAGGCUUACGAAAUAUAAAUGUGUGAAGGAGUAUGAAGAUGAUACAGACGAAACAUUUGAAGAACUCUGUUGCCCAGAAGCAGAGUUGUUCGUUCAAGGAACUGGUGCUGCUGCAGAGAACAGGAGACAGAGGGAUACGCAAGCGCCUCAGACUCUGCUGGAGAUGAUGGCAGCGGGUGACAUCACCUCCCCCUGCUCCACUGUGCCUGAGGUGGGAACACUAGAACAAGGGCUUCCUAAACAAGAUGAGAGGAAUAUGGAAAUGGCCUCUGGCAUUGAAGUAAAUGAGGAACAACCAAGAUCUGACGAUGAUGAUACGUGGACCCAAUGUAAUCACAGGGCUGUUUAACAAUAGAAGAGGGAGGCAGAAGAGAGAACCAGAUGAUGUCAGCAUAAGAGGGGCUCAGCCUGGUGCUGCUGGCUUUGAAGACAGAGGAAGGGGCCACAAGCCAAGGAAUGCAGGCAGCCUCUAGAAGCUGGGAAAGGCCAGACAAUGGACUUUCCCCAGAAGCCUGCAGAAGGAACACAGUCCUGCUGACAUCUUGAUUUCAGCUUUAUGAAAUCCACUUUAGACUUCUAACCUACAGAACUGUAAGAUAAUAAAUGUGUGUUCUUUUAACUAAGUUUGAUAAUUUGUUAAGACAAGGAUAGAAAACUAAUACAGUGUACAAACUAGUUCACUUAGAAUAUGAAUCCACCAUUUUAGAAAACCGCAACUUUGAAACUUCUUCACUUCUGUUGAAUACACGUUUUUGAAUAGAUGUUGACACUUAAGGGAGUAGGUUAACGGAGAGCAAAGAGAGGGUCAAGGCAUGUCACGUUAAUUAUGCACCAAGUAAUCAUUUUACUAUGUUUUACUGAAUUAAUUUCUAAUAGCUUCAAACGUGUAGAUUAUAAACUUCUUAAAGGCAGGGACUCUACCUGCUCCUUGUAUCUUAUGCUGGUCUUUCUACAUAAGGUGCUUAGCGGAGUGCCACAUUAUAACAAUCCCAGUAUUGAACAUGUGCCUGGGGCUUAACGGACAUUUGUUGAUUUAUUGUGUUGUUGCUAUGAAGGACGGAGAGGUUACAUUUCUAAGUGGUAGAAUUCUGCCUAAAAUAUAUGCUCUGUAAAAUACAACUAAAAUUGCACAUUGGUCCACGGCUGAGCUAAGAAAACAAAGAUGAGGAAGGGUUGGUCAGAUUAUUUCUAAGGUCUGCUUAGUGUUUACAUUUGAUAUAAUUUUAUUAAAUGUGGGGAAAGUAUCAGGAGUCCCCUAACUGUGGGAUGCAUUCCACACGAUGUAUCUUCUAUGCCUGUAUUUUCCUGGUGAUGUUGGAGGUACUGUUCCUUCAACUUGGUGUAUUGGGUUAUAAUCUACUCCUUUCAGGAGUGCUCAGCAUGGUCACAUCAUGAGGCUGAGAAUAUUUAAAAAUCUCUCACCACUGUGUCAAUGUCAACCUUGGUUAACACAUGACCCCGAGAGAUUGGAGCAUCAUUAAUUCUAGGAGUCUUUUAGUGGUCAGUGUACACAUGUUUAAUUUACUUUCAGAACAUUAUGUGGUUCAGACAUACUGAAUCUGUUGGUGUGCUCAACAAAUCUAAGCAGUAUUUGAAUGCAUAGAAAAUGAAACAUGGUUCCUGAAAAUCCCAGAGAUCCAAAGACCAUU